AUGUUCUGGCUCCCCACCACCUCUCGGAACGGCACAUCCCCUGCCUCCUCCUCCUCCUCCUUCAUCACGGACCUGUAAACACUAGCAGGGGGAGCAGGGAUCGAGCUGGUGCGACAAAUAUUGAAUCUCUCGAGAACUCUUGACGCAACGCUCUUGAGACAUCUCAAUUUUUUUGCCAGCCUCGCGGUCGCGACUAAAUGCGCAACCAUGAAAGAACUUGACCUCGCCAAAAUUCUUCGUGUGAAAAGAGUCACCUAGCGCUUGCACAACUAUCUUGGCAAGGCUCUCAAUUCCUUCAUACAGAAAGUCAUCCACAUGAAUCGCAAUCAUUCCCAUCACCUCGUUUCUCAUCAUGAAACGCGGAACACAGGGGUCAGAUAGAGAUUGUUCGACACUAAUCCUCUUCAGGUCCGACACUAAUCUCUUGAGAAAUGUUCUACAUGCCUGCCUCAGUCCCUCCAAACUCUUGUCUAAACGGACGACCUUUCCUGACAACGACUCGCAGCCAGGAGGCAACGUCAUGAACACCUCAUGAUCCAAUUCCGACUGAACAAACGCUUGCUCAAUGUCAAAGUGGAGAAAUUCCAAAUCAUACUUGCACGCCAAUGCUAUCAACAAACGAAUCGAUGCAGCAUUUGCAGUAGGCGAGAAAGUCUCAAGAUAAUCCACGCCAUACUUCUGCUUGAAGCCCUUCGCUACAAGCCUAGCCUUGGCUUUCACCAUGUUGCCUGUUUUGUCUGCUCUCCAUUUACAGACCCAUCUAGCAUCUAUCACGUUACAGCCUAUCGGGGCCUUUACUGCUAACGCGAACAUUCCUGCUCUUAACAAGCCUUCAAACCCUGCAGACAUGGCUUUGUCCCAAAUCACGGUAUGCAUUGACUGGCGGGCUUCUCGGUAGCUACCAGGCUCUGUCUCUACAUCCUAAAUGAGCUCUCUCGGCAGUUCCAUAGUAUCAGACGCUCUCUGCUCCACUAAGAGUGCUUCUUCAAUUUCAGAUGCGGAGAUAUGUCCUAGAGUGGCCAUGAGACCGGAUACGCUCUGCUGAUUUUCGGCCCGAGUUUGCGCACGGGUUCUGCCUUAUCUGCCUUCAACAUUCUCAUUCGCAGCAGUGUUGUAACUAGCAAGUUCAUGCCGCGCACGACGAUUAGAUGGUAUGUGCGUAGCAGGGGGAAAUGACUCCGAUUCUACCUCCUGCCCUCCCGGCUCAACCAACUCUUCAUCCAACCCUUCCUGACUCUCCGGCUCUACCUCCUGCCCUCCCGGACGCGCCGAUUCUGCCUCCCCUGUCUCCGGCCCUUCCUGCUCUCCCUCAUCGGUGAACUCGACUGCUGGAGAAGACUAGGGGAAAUAAUCGCGGGCGAAGAUGGCACAGAGGGGGUUGACCUAC